UAGCCUUUCAGGAAGUGCAAGCUGUAACACAACACUGCGAUAUGUGUAGCCUAGAAUAGAUAUCAAGCUAUAAAAAAUAUGAAGUUACUGGUCUUUGUGUUAGCAUGGUAAACCGUUGAAGUGGACGUCGAGCAGGGAAAUGCCUUUGUUUGUUCAAAAAAGAGGAGUUGACUGCUUAAGCUCGACAGCGGAACUGUUCGACAGAUACCCACAUUUACAGGAAAAUGCACGAGCAUUUCGUUCCAAGCCACUCGUUGACGUUGACCCAAAGUGCCUCCUGUAUGUCCAACAAAGAGAGUUUGCUGCAACAACACCAGCAGACAAUUGUGUCUCAGUCAUUGGAUCUGAUGAUGCAACCACCUGCCAUUUGGUCGUGUUGCGACACACCGGUAGUGGAGCUGUUUGCCUUGCUCACUGUGAUGGCUCCAGCACCUGGUCUGAAGUCCCACUCCUUGUGAAAACUGUCACAUCACUGAGUAACGUCAGUAAGGAGGGAAGACUUGAGCUCCAUCUUGUCGGGGGAUUUAACGAUGAGUCGAAGACAUCCCAUAAACUCAGCCUUAACAUAUUGGCAGCAUUUCAGAAACAGAAAGAGGACAUUCAUCUGGAAACAUGUUGCAUCACAGAAAUGAAUGACAUUGUUGUCGAUGAAACUCAUAGACCUGUAGUAUAUGGAAUAGGUAUAAAUGUUAAAACAGGAGAAGUGUUCCCUGCCUCAUUCCCUCAUAAAGGACCUGCAGAGGAGCUGCGUUCAGCACGGACCUUCACUGGGGGACAGAUGGCUGAGAUAUAUGACUCAAGCCGGAGACUUGUUAAAAUCGGCCCUUGCAAGUGGUCUCCCAAUCUGGAUAUUGCCUUCUGGUUGGCACAAGAUGAUGACACAAUUUUAAAGUACCUGUCCACCUCUCCAAUGGCUGAGCCGCCGCACUUCGUCCAACACAUGAAGUCCACCAUCCAGUUCCUUUUACAGCACCCCAACUCUGACAGUCUGUUCCCCGGCGGUCAGCCACAGCUCUACCACAGGACUGAGCGGGGUGACUGGGAGAGGGCUGUCCAGUCAUAGAGCCCCAGUCCCACCUUCCACUAAACCUUAACAUGGAACGUGACUGUUUUUGCCUCUCAACUUAAUGGAUACACUGUGAUCCACCCUCCCACUGUCUGUUUUUUGUUCAUCGUGUCUUAACAUGGGGUUAACCCCCGACUGGAUCUUACAUGUAAUGAAUAGCUCUCCUGACUCAUCUGGCUGGCCCAGUAGAGAGCAGAGGAGGUGCAAGUGAUUCUGUUCAUGCCUGUUACAUUUAAUUUUUCCACUCUUGUGAGGUGGUAUAAAGUCUGCACAUUACAUCACAUACUGUGUUGCAGAAAGUCCAGGUUAUUGUCCUACCAUGCUUCACUGUUUUGAUUAACGUUGUUGUCUAAUGUCCGCUUAAAAGACCAUACUUAUUGUUUUGUACAUUUUUAGUCCAUAAACUACAACUGCUGGCUGCAGAGUUUUUAUAUUGAUUUCCUACUUUACAUACUGCCAUUGUUCUCUUUAUACCCAUUCAAAUUGAAAAUUAACUUUCAAAAUUCAAAAUUCAUUUAAUUCCCUUUAUAGUUUUUUUCAGCUACAUACUAUUGUCUGUUGCUGUUUUGCCAGAAAAUCAAACCUUACCUAUUUCAAGCAAGUUUCAAACUCUAAAUGAUCUUACAUUUCUGUGAGGUAUGAAAUCAAAAAAUAAUUCAAAAUAACCUAAGUAUGCUUUGGAAAUAUAUGCACAAUAUGUAGUUAAUGGGCUAAAACAUUCAAAAUCAUCUGUAUGGCCCUUUUUAAAUGUAGAGUUUGGCCUACUGAAAAUAACACAUGGGGCACUUAAUGCAGCAACCAUAAGGAGUAAAUGUAUUUUGACACUUUGUUUAACACAGUGAAGAGAAUACAAACUACUCAGCUCUGCUCUGUUGAGUAGUGAGUGGUAUGCAGUACUUCAUCACAUACUCUACAUACUGCUGUAUACUCGGCUAUGAAUGUGUGUUUAGAAUCUGCAUGUGUAAAUGUGUACAGUGCUCUUCUGCAAGGAAUGAUAUGGGUUCUUGACAAAUGCAACAACAUGAUUUUACUAGUUAUGUCUUUUUUUUCAAACUGUAAAAAAAAAAAAAAUAGAUUUCUGAGCAGCAUCUAAUACAGUAUAAGGCCUUUUCAUCAGUUGUGUUAAGGUUGCAAGGUGCUUAAAGCAUUCAAUGCAACUUGUUGCAACUUGUGAACAUACAGUAUGGGAUGUGAAAUAAAUGUAAAUAUCAAAUCUA